UCCGCGCGUUUUGUGAUGCAUGUAAACAAAAUAUUCCAAGCAAGCCGACAUUUGUCGCAUCGGAAAGUAAAUAAAUAAAAGUGCAUAGUCUCACAAAGUUCGCUUCACAAUGGUUGAACGCAUAGAAGAUCUGAAUUUACCUAACACCUCCGUGACAAGGUUGAUGAAGGAAGCCAUUCCGGCCGAUGUGAAAAUAUCGACCGAAUGUCGGACAGCAUUAACCCGGGCAACCUCGGUGUUUGUGCUAUAUCUAACGUCGGCGGCCACAACUGCCGCGCAGCAAAGAAAUCACAAAUCACUCAUGGCGGACCAUGUUUUGAAGGGCCUGGAAGAGAUUGAAUUCGAAAGCUUUAUCCAACCGCUGAAAACCGAGCUGGAAAGUUACAGGAAAAUGAUAAAAACGAAAAAGGAGAAGAAAGCGGCUAAAGCUGAACUGAACACAACGGUAGAAGGAGCGGUAAUAGAUCUUGAAAACAUGGCUCAGGACAAUUAAGAUAAACAGCACCGUAUUUAUAACGAUUUAUACGAAAUACAUUACCUGUUGUUAGGUUUGUUUUUCCCCA